AUGGCCCAAGACGAACAGAACUGUUUAAAAAAAUUGAAAGAUAUGCGAGAAGAGUUCGAUUGGGAGGUCGAAGAAGAAAGAAGAACUUUUUUCUUUCGACUCCUUCCGUUGAUCAGCGAAUGGGAGGGUCAACUUCCCGAUCUUCGAGACGUGUUCAAGCGCGAAGAAAUCGAUUGGCUCUUGACAACGGACGUGAAGUACGAAAUCAGCAAGUUCCUCGACUUUGUGGUUAGGUCUGGCUACGAGGACGAGCCCGAGAUCGACAAAAACGGCGAGCCAGUACUUCGUCGCGACACGCCGGUACAUUACGCGACCGAAAGAGGUUACGUCCAUAGGUCGGUAAUCGAUAAUUUAUUUAAAAUAUAUAAAAGAUUCGACGCGAAUUACAUCGGCGAGUCCGGAUUGACGCAUUUUCACGCGGCCUGCAAGUACGGCCGCGACGAGCUCGUGGAGAAAUUUCUCCGGCUCGGCCAGGAUCCGAACUGUGGUCUGCAGUCGGUGAAGUCUCGGUGUUGGACGCCUCUGCGCUACGCUUUGUCCCGCGACCACGGGCGGGUGAUCGAGCUGCUGCUGAGACACGGCGCCGACCCGAAUCUCGCCGACUCGAUGGGAACGACUGCGAUGCACUACAUCUGCGACUUGGACAGUCAAGUCGUCUUCGCGAGGAUGGUAUUCGACAUCAGCGAGGAGGAACAACGGCAUCCGGUGCGAGUCGACGCUCUGGACAUCUUGGGUCGGACGCCGCUGCACGUGGCUCUGGGCCACGGCCACGCGGACCAGGUCGAGCUGCUGCUGCGAAAGGGUGCGAAUCCGAACUUCCUCGACGGGGCUGGCAGGCAUCCUCUGCACAUCAUCGGCGGGAGAGGCCGAGAGUGGCUCAUGGACGACGACCUGGUCACGACGUACUUCAGGGUCAGCGAGGAGAAACGGCUGACGUUGCAGCUGAACGCCCGGGACAGAUGGGGUCGGACGCCGCUGCAUUUGGCGGUCGCCAGCUUGGACAACGAGGAGAUGGCGCGACUGUUGCUGAGGCACGGGGCGGAUCCGACCCUGGUCGACGAGGACGGCUCGACGCCUCUAUGUUCUCGUCUCGGAGAGAGCGACUCGAAUGCCAGUCUUCUUUUUUCCUUCCUAACCGUCACACUUUGGUAG